AGAAGUAAAAGGAAAAGUAAGAAUUUCAGGAAGAACAACAAUGAUUGUGUCUGUGACGUGGAGAUUUCAUGAUUAGCUUUUAUAUUUUUGGUGAAGUCCCCUAAGAGAUAUAAUCUCAGUUGUAUUCUUGAUUUUACUUUUCAAAUAUCAAAUGCGUCGUGAAUAUACAAGUCGCAUACAAUCAGUAGACACGGUGUCUUGUCUUGUACGCUAAUAAAAGCUGUUGGCUACGUUAGCUCUCUAUCGAUGACCUAGUAGUAGCCGACAAGCUAGCUGUUUAGGUGCUACUGUAUCUCCUUCGUGAUUCAUCACAAUACUGUGUUCCCAGUGUAUUUUCCCUAAUGGCGUGACACAUAACCUUAGUCAAUUUUCCCUCAAACUGAAUUUUGUUAAUAUUUACGCGCUAGCCUCUGCUAUCCUUCCUUUACAUACAUAAGGCUAACACCAUUGUUUGUUAGGUGAGCUAGGUUGGGUACGUCCACCCUUGUUCCUCUAGUCGUAAGUUACAAAAGUUUUUUUUUUUUUUUUACCGAAUGUCUUUCGGCGAACAAUGCUCUCUACCAGUCUAUUUACUGAAGGAAAAUGGUGGGUAAUUUUUGGUCUGUCCAGUCUCUUGCUGUUGACCCAAGGACAAGAUGAUGAUUGGGUCGAUCCAUUUGACAUGUUGAACUACGAUGCAACCUCAAAGUCUAUGAGGAAACCCCCUGAGGCGGCAAGUUACGACAAUGUACCCACCAAACGAAGAGAAUAUGUACAGGAGCUAUGUCCCCCGUGCCAGUGCCCUGAUGUCUCUCAGUGCAAUAAGAACGUGGAGAUGCUACAGAGGGAGUUACAUGAGCACAAACGGAAGACGACCUCUUUACUUCAACCUGCAACGUGUAAUCCCAUCUUCAAGCGAUUCAUCUCCAAACUAUUGAAGGAAAUUUCGAGACUUGGCUUGUCAAAUGAAAGUCCAAAUGGCAUGUACUAUGAUGCCAAGGUACAUUUGUCUUCAAGAACUAUGGCUGAGCUCCAGAAGGUGGUGGUAGGGGAGACCUGGACAACGGGUUCUCUAGAUGAUGCUCUCAGUAAGAUACUGGUGGACUUCAAACCACAUGACUAUGAGGCCUGGAAAUGGCGGUUUGAGGACACAUUUGGAGUUGAGCUGGACACAGUCGUGAAGACUUCCAUGUUUAUUUUGGUCAUAGUGGUGAUCAUCUGCAGUGAGCUUUGGUCUACGGUUUCAUGGUUUGUCCAGUUCAAGAGGAUGUUUGCCAUCUGCUUCUUCAUCAGUAUUGUCUGGAAUUGGUUUUAUCUUUACAAGAUUGCGUUUGCUGAGCACCAAACCAACAUUGUGAAGAUGGAGAGUGUCAAUGAUAAAUGUACUGGUGUGAAGAAGAUAGACUGGAAGGACAACUUAAAAGAGUGGUUUAGGAGCACCUGGACUCUUCAAGAUGAUCCUUGCAAGAAAUACUAUGAAGUACUCAUGGUUAAUCCCAUAUUACUGGUCCCUCCAACUAAGGCCAUCUCCGUCACCAUUACCACCUUCAUCACAGAACCCCUGAAGCACUUGGGCCAGGGGAUCAGUGAGUUCCUCAGGGCCCUUCUGAAGGAUCUGCCAGUUACUCUUCAAAUACCUGUCCUCCUCACCAUUGUGCUGUCCAUUGUGUUCUGCACAUAUGGCACGGCCCAGACUGCCAUCCAGCAUGUCCUUACCGGCCCGCUGCGAAGAGGUCGCAGAGAUCCCCCGCCACCACCCAACAGACUCCAGGACCGUGGCCAACACCCCCAGCUAGAACAGGGAGACUCCAAUGAAGAGGAUGAGGACGACCGGCACCACCUGGGGGCCGGGGAUGCGCCGCUCCCCAUACGGGGUCUGGAUCAGAGGGGUCGGGCGAGGGGAGGAGGCGCAAGAGGAGAAGGAUGGAGACAAGAGGUCCGCCGGAGACCCGUCCGGCCCAAGGAGAACCAGCGGCGGGUUUUUGUGGAGACCCUGCGGAAUGCAGAUCGCCAUUUCAGCGGAGACGAGACUGACCAAUCCAGGCUACCUGAGGAAGGGACGGAGAGAGAGGGGGAGGAGAGGGAGGAUGUUGCUGAGGGGGACCAGGCGGCUGCUGCAGAAGAGGUUGUUAAAGAUGAGAAGCUAAAAGAGAAGCCCGCUGACAAGAAAGAGCAGCCCGUCAACAAGAAAGAGCAGCCCGUCAACAAGAAAGAGCAGCCCGUCGACAAGAAAGAGCAGCCCGCUGACAAGAAAGAGCAGCCCGUCAACAAGAAAGAGCAGCGGGCCGACAGGAAUGUCGAUGGCAUCGACUCCCCGCAUACUGAGCCAGGCUCAGAGGGAGAGAGGACUAUGAGACCAUCAGAUCAGCAGAGCACAGCGUCAACACGGAGUCAAGGAGCUGCAGCACCAGAGCAGAUAACAUCAUUACAAGGACUCAACCUAACAAUUAAGCAACAAAACAAUGAAGCUGCCGUACUGUGCCAGUCGAAUGGGCUGACACUCACCUGAUCUCACCUGGGGUUCGUUUCCCAAAAGCAUAGUUGCUAGUUGCUGUGAUAGCAACUACCUUGGUAGUGUCACUGCCAAAUGUGAGUCCCUAGAUUUAAGUUACGCAUGCACAAUCACUUAAGCUUCAUAUUGUUGCAUAUCACAUUUUUUUAUUCCUACCUGAACACAGAAAGUUGCUAGGUCUGUAAGAUUACAGAAUUUCUCCUAUUGAGGGCCGCUCAGAAUGACAGAAGUGAUUAUGUGCCAACAAAAUGAUGUUGGACAUGUUAUGUUAAGGUACAAAAAAAAACUGUUAAGGGUGCCUUUAAAACAGCCAGCACAUUAGCUGCAUCACACGUACGGCAAAAGAAUAUUAUUUCACUUUAUAACAUAGCUUAGCAACUGAAAUAGGCACUGGGCGAUGCCGCAAGUGUGACAGAAAUGUGUCGCAGUAGAAAUGGCAUGUUGUAAUGGUCUGGACCAGCACCUGUUGCUGAGGUCCCAGAAUGGGAUUUAAAAUUAUGUGUAUGCAGUGUGCAGUUUUGAGGUUAGUUUGGAAACCCAGGAAUCCAUGACCCAUUUCAGGAAUCCAUGAUCCGUUUCCGCAGAAGAUUGUAGAUCUAAAGAAUAGGAAAAUGCUGGUCUUGUGUAUAAUUGUAUGUAUGACUAAUGUCAUG